UUAGUGUUCUCAAAGGUUAAUCUAUGGAAUCUGUGGGAUGCUAAUGAGACGUACUGCAAGACUGUUUUGAUUAAUAAUGGAAAUUUUAAAUAGUGGUAUUGUUUGGCCUUGUUAUGCAGCGCCCCCUGUUUACUUACGUUGAAGUUAUUGCGAAAGUUAUUGAUUAUUAACGUGAGGUCCACUUUUGUACAUGCAAUUGGUCUAACUUUUUACAUUUAAGCUUUAUCAUCAGCAAAACAUGCACUGGACCGAGAUGAAUAAAGGCGAGCUGGAGCUGCAGUACUCUCCCAGCCGGUGGUCCCACAGGAUGUCCGCGGACGAAGUGAUCAAGGCGCACGAGAGGGUUUUGAAGGAAGGUACUGACAAAGCUCGUGCUCUUGCUCAAACCCUUCUAAAUGUUCCAUAUGGAGAAGGUGAUGGAGAAAAACUGGACGUGUACAUCCCAAGCACUAAUUCUCUGGAUAUGCCUUUGGUUAUUUAUAUACAUGGGGGGUAUUGGCAGUUUCUCAGCAAAGAGGAGUCCGGGUUUAUGGCUGUUCCACUUAUUAGUAAAGGAGUGGUAGUUGUGGCUGUAGAUUAUGACACUGCCCCUAAAGGUAAUAUGGACCUUAUAGUUUCACAAGUCCGCAAGAGUGUGGUGUCUGUUGUUCAGCAUUAUUCACACAUCAGUGGCCUGUACAUCUGUGGACACUCGGCUGGGGCACAAUUGGCUGCCAUGGUUCUGUCCACUGACUGGUCCCAGUAUAGCAUUACACCACAAAUUAAAGGCGCAUUCCUCGUCAGUGGAAUUUAUGACCUCUUACCCAUUGUGUCCACCUAUGUCAAUGAGCCUCUGAAAAUGACAGAAGAGGUGGCCAUUAGAAACAGCCCCACGAGGCUGGUCCAGCAGCUGAAGAGCUCUUCCUCAGGCUGUCACAUCAUUGUAGCUGUGGCUGAACAUGACUCCCCAGAGUUUCGCAAGCAGUCUGUGGAAUACUACAAAAUGUUGGAGGCUUCACGUCUUAAUGUGACACUGGAGGAUGUGCCAAACACAGACCACUUCAACAUUAUUGAGCGCCUGGUAGACGGGGAGUACUACUUGACCAAGAUUCUGUUGAAGAUAAUGGGAAAGUGCUGAGUUCUGGUUGUAAUGCCAUAUGCCAUCUGUAAUUAACAAACACCUCUGAACAAUGACAGUUAUGCAAAAGACAGAUUUCAGGUGGUUUUGAGUUCACAUUAGCAGUGUUAACUAUCUUUACUCUGUCUCAAGGUUAUAAGUAGUCACUGUCUGCGCUGUCUGUUACUAACUAUUUGUAAUCACAAUGAUUAUUAUUUUUUCAUCAGAGAAGUUUUUUAUUGACUAAUGUUUAUUUUUCUAAAAAAGUUUAUGUCUGUAAUCUUAAUAUUAUCUAUAAUCUGUACCAGUACAGGGUUAUGUCAAAAUGAAUGUAGCCCAAACACAUAGCUAGUAACUAUCCCAGGGAAUUUUACUGUAUUUUCUACAAUUUGUGAAAGCUUUGACUUAUAGUGAUACUGGUGCAAAUCACUUACACUAUAGUAUAUAUAAGUAUUUGUUGUUGCUGAAAAAAAACAUAGCUUUUAUUAAAAGUAGCCUCAUGCACUUGUGCUGGUUGAAAAUGUAUCAGAAAUAAUAUAUUGUGCCAUGAUGUUUAUCAGCAUAUUUAUGACAAUCAUAACAAUA